GAGAGAGAGAGAGAGAGAAAGAGAGCGGCCUCUCCCUCGCUAUUCACGGGACAGACUCCCCCCGUAACCGCCUCUCGGUCCCAAAAUGGGCGAGGCGUGGGCGGGAGGGAAGCCGUCCAGGAGCGGGCCUCGGACGCGGCCGUGAGGGGCUUUUCGGGCCUCCCCAAAAGAGAGAAGGCGCGUCCCGAAAGCUAACCUAUCUUGGGCGCAACAUAACUAAAGAAGUUUCUGCAGGAUGAAAAGAUGGCAGGGCGGCUGCUUGCACCACCAGGCCCUGAUAGUUUUAGACCUUUCACUCCAGAAUCCCUGGCUAACAUCGAGAAGCGCAUUGCAGAAGAAAAGAAGAAGAAGCGUCCGAAACAAGAGGGCAGUCACAGGGAUGAUGAUGAAGAGAGCAAACCAAAACCAAACAGCGACUUGGAAGCAGGGAAGAGUUUGCCUUUCAUCUAUGGGGAUAUCCCGAAAGGCCUGGUUGCUGUACCACUGGAGGACUUUGACCCAUACUAUAUGACGGAGAAAACCUUUGUAGUACUAAACAGAGGCAAAACACUCUUCCGAUUUAGUGCCACGCCUGCCUUGUACAUUUUAAGUCCUUUUAAUCUGUUUAGGAGAAUAGCUAUUAAAAUUUUGAUACAUUCAGUAUUUAGCAUGAUCAUUAUGUGCACUAUUUUGACGAACUGUGUGUUCAUGACUUUUAGUAACCCACCAGAAUGGUCGAAACAGGUGGAAUAUACAUUCACUGGUAUAUAUACAUUUGAAUCACUUGUGAAAAUUAUUGCAAGAGGCUUCUGCAUAGAUGGUUUUACUUUCCUCCGAGAUGCAUGGAACUGGCUAGACUUCAGUGUCAUCAUGAUGGCGUAUAUAACAGAGUUUGUAAACCUAGGCAAUGUUUCAGCUCUGCGCACCUUCAGGGUACUGAGAGCUUUGAAAACUAUUUCUGUAAUUCCAGGCCUGAAGACUAUUGUGGGAGCCCUGAUCCAGUCUGUGAAGAAGCUGUCAGAUGUGAUGAUUUUGACAGUGUUUUGCCUCAGUGUGUUUGCUCUAAUUGGACUUCAGCUGUUCAUGGGGAAUCUAAGGAACAAGUGUGUCAUCUGGCCCAUUGAUCUCAAUGAGACCUAUCUGGAAAACGGCACCAAGGGCUUUGACUGGGAAGAGUACAGCAACAAUAACUCGAAUUUUUACACAAUACCUGGGUUUCUUGAUCCAUUGUUAUGUGGUAACAGCUCUGAUGCAGGCCAAUGUCCUGAGGGCUAUACGUGUAUGAAGGCAGGCAGAAAUCCGAACUAUGGCUACACCAGCUUUGAUACCUUCAGUUGGGCUUUCCUGGCCUUAUUUCGCCUCAUGACUCAGGAUUUUUGGGAAAACUUGUAUCAGUUAACCUUGCGAGCAGCAGGAAAAACCUACAUGAUCUUCUUUGUCCUCGUUAUUUUUGUUGGUUCAUUCUACCUGGUGAACUUGAUUUUGGCUGUGGUAGCCAUGGCCUAUGAAGAACAAAACCAGGCUACACUGGAAGAGGCAGAACAGAAGGAGGCAGAGUUCAAGGCCAUGUUGGAUCAGCUGAAAAAGCAACAGGAAGAAGCCCAGGCUGCAGCCAUGGCCACUUCAGCAGGGACCGUCUCUGAAGAUGCCAUAGAAGAAGAAGGUGGUGGAAGAAUGUCGCAGAGCUCCUCUGAGGUCUCCAAGCUCAGCUCUAAAAGUGCCAAAGAGCGGCGGAACAGGAGGAAGAAGCGGAAGCAGAAGGAGCUGUCAGAAGGAGAAGAGAAAGGGGAUGCUGAGAAAGUCUUUAAGUCAGAAUCAGAAGAUGGCAUGAGAAGGAAGGUCUUCCGCUUGCCAGACAACAGGUUAGGGCGGAAACUUUCCAUCAUGAACCAGUCACUGCUUAGCAUACCAGGAUCACCGUACCUCUCCCGCCACAACAGUAAAAGCAGCAUCUUCAGUUUCAAGAGAGGUUUCCGCGACCCGGGUUCAGAGAAUGAAUUUGCCGAUGAUGAGCACAGCACCGUGGAAGAGAGCGAAGGCAGGAGGGAUUCCCUUUUCAUCCCGAUUCGGGGCCAUGACCGGAAAAGCAGCUACAGCGGUUACAGUGGCUACAGCCAGGGAAGUCGGUCGUCGCGCAUCUUCCCCAGCAUCCGCCGGAACGUGAAGCGGAACAGCACCGUGGACUGCAAUGGCGUGGUCUCCCUGAUUGGCGGCCCAACCUCCAACCUCCCCAGUGGACGCCUUCUGCCUGAGGUGAAAAUAGAUAAGGCAGCUACUGAUGACAGCGGAACUACUGAGGUAGAGAUUAAAAAGAAAGCUACUGGGUCACUAUUGGUGUCAAUGGACCAACUAAAUGCCUCCUAUGGAAGGAAGGACCGAACCAACAGUAUAAUGACAGUCAUAACAAAUACCCUUGUAGAAGAACUGGAGGAAUCUCAAAGAAAAUGUCCCCCUUGCUGGUACAAAUUUGCCAACGUUGUCCUCAUUUGGGAAUGCCACCCAUACUGGCUAAAGUUGAAAGAGAUUGUCAACUUGAUCGUCAUGGACCCCUUUGUGGAUUUAGCCAUCACCAUAUGUAUUGUUCUGAAUACUCUGUUCAUGGCCAUGGAACACCAUCCCAUGACUCCAACGUUUGAACAUGUCUUGGCCGUAGGAAAUCUGGUUUUCACUGGAAUAUUUGCAGCGGAAAUGUUUCUGAAGCUCAUAGCAAUGGAUCCCUACUAUUAUUUCCAAGAAGGAUGGAACAUUUUUGAUGGAUUUAUUGUCUCUCUCAGUUUACUGGAACUCAUGCUAGCAGAUGUGGAAGGGCUUUCAGUGCUGCGAUCCUUCCGACUGUUGAGAGUCUUCAAGCUGGCAAAAUCCUGGCCAACUCUUAACAUGUUGAUUAAAAUCAUUGGUAACUCGGUGGGUGCCUUGGGGAACCUGACUUUGGUGCUGGCCAUCAUCGUCUUCAUUUUUGCUGUGGUGGGGAUGCAGCUUUUUGGCAAGAGCUACAAGGAGUGUGUCUGCAAGAUCAACCCGGACUGUGAGCUUCCUCGAUGGCACAUGAACGACUUCUUCCACUCUUUCCUUAUUGUCUUCCGUGUUCUCUGUGGAGAAUGGAUUGAAACCAUGUGGGACUGUAUGGAAGUAGCUGGACAGGCAAUGUGCCUUAUUGUCUUUAUGAUGGUGAUGGUCAUUGGAAAUUUAGUGGUGUUGAACCUGUUCUUGGCCUUGUUGCUGAGCUCUUUCAGUGCAGACAACCUUGCAGCAACUGACGAUGAUGGGGAGAUGAACAACUUGCAGAUCUCCGUCAUUCGAAUCAAGAAAGGCAUUGCCUGGGCAAAGAUCAAAGUGCAUGAACUUGUGCAAACCCAUUUCAAAAAGAGGGAGGCGGAUGAAGUUAAGCCCCUUGAUGAGUUGUAUGACAAGAAGAUGAACUGCAUUGCCAACCACAUGGGGGCUGAUAUCAAUCGAGAGAUUGAUUACCAAAAGAACGGCAAUGGCACCACCAGUGGCAUUGGGAGUAGUGUGGAGAAAUACAUCAUUGAUGAGGAUCAUAUGUCUUUCAUCAACAACCCAAACCUCACUGUCCGAGUCCCCAUAGCAGUGGGCGAGUCUGACUUUGAGAACCUCAACACAGAAGAUUUCAGCAGUGAUACCGAUCCUGAUGGCAGCAAAGAGAAACUGGAUGAUACUAGUUCAUCAGAGGGCAGCACCAUUGAUAUCAAGCCAGAAGCAGAAGAGGUUCCUGUUGAAGCACCAGAAGAGUAUCUGGAUCCUGAUGCGUGUUUCACAGAAGGUUGUGUGCAAAAGUUCAAGUGCUGCCAAGUUAGCAUCGAAGAAGGGCGUGGCAAACAGUGGUGGAACUUAAGGAAAACCUGCUUCCUGAUUGUCGAACAUAAUUGGUUUGAGACAUUCAUUAUCUUCAUGAUCUUGCUGAGCAGUGGCGCUUUGGCCUUUGAGGAUAUUUACAUUGAACAGAGGAAGACCAUUCGGACCUGCUUGGAGUACGCUGAUAAAGUUUUCACCUACAUCUUUAUCCUCGAAAUGUUGUUGAAGUGGUGUGCCUAUGGAUUUGUGAAGUUCUUCACUAAUGCCUGGUGCUGGCUGGAUUUCCUCAUUGUAGCAGUCUCUUUAGUCAGCCUUAUAGCUAAUGCCCUGGGCUACUCGGAACUAGGUGCCAUUAAAUCCCUUAGGACACUCAGAGCCUUGAGGCCUUUAAGAGCGUUGUCCCGAUUUGAGGGGAUGAGGGUGGUUGUGAAUGCCUUGGUGGGCGCUAUACCAUCCAUUAUGAAUGUGUUGUUGGUCUGCCUUAUCUUCUGGCUGAUUUUCAGCAUAAUGGGGGUAAAUCUUUUUGCUGGGAAGUAUCAUUACUGCUUUAAUGAGACAGCUGAAUAUCGGUUCGAGAUAGAAGAGGUGAACAACGAGACAGACUGUUUCAAACUGAUGGAGCCCAACAGUACAGAGAUCCGAUGGAAGAACGUCAAGAUUAACUUUGACAAUGUUGGUGCUGGGUACCUGGCCCUUCUGCAAGUUGCUACCUUUAAAGGCUGGAUGGACAUCAUGUAUGCAGCAGUAGAUUCCAGAAGGCAAGAUGAGCAACCCAAAUAUGAGGAUAACAUCUACAUGUACAUCUACUUUGUCAUCUUCAUCAUCUUUGGAUCCUUCUUCACCUUGAACCUCUUCAUUGGUGUCAUUAUCGACAACUUCAAUCAACAAAAGAAAAAGUUUGGAGGUCAGGAUAUCUUCAUGACAGAGGAGCAGAAGAAAUACUAUAAUGCCAUGAAAAAACUGGGCUCCAAGAAACCUCAAAAGCCAAUUCCAAGACCUUUGAACAGAAUCCAAGGAACUGUUUUCGACUUUGUCACCCAGCAAGCAUUUGACAUACUAAUCAUGCUGCUCAUCUGCCUCAAUAUGGUGACCAUGAUGGUUGAAACGGACACACAGAGCAAGCAGAUGGAAGAGAUCCUCUAUUGGAUCAACCUUGUCUUCGUUAUCUUUUUCACUUGCGAGUGUGUACUGAAAAUGUUUGCCUUGCGUCACUACUACUUCACCAUUGGCUGGAAUAUUUUUGAUUUUGUGGUUGUGAUUCUCUCCAUUGUUGGUAUGUUCUUGGCUGAAAUUAUAGAAAAAUACUUUGUGUCACCUACUCUCUUCAGAGUUAUCCGCCUGGCCCGUAUUGGCCGUAUCCUGCGCCUGAUCAAAGGAGCCAAAGGGAUCCGCACCCUGCUUUUUGCCUUAAUGAUGUCUUUGCCUGCCUUGUUCAACAUUGGCCUCCUGCUCUUCCUAGUUAUGUUCAUCUUUUCCAUCUUUGGGAUGUCAAACUUUGCUUAUGUCAAACAUGAGGCUGGCAUUGAUGACAUGUUCAACUUUGAGACCUUUGGCAACAGUAUGAUUUGCUUGUUCCAGAUCACUACCUCAGCCGGGUGGGAUGGUUUACUCUUGCCCAUUCUUAAUGGGCCUCCGGACUGUGAUCCGGACAAAGAGCAUCCUGGGAGUGGCUUCACAGGUGACUGUGGGAACCCCUCAGUGGGGAUCUUUUUCUUUGUUAGCUACAUCAUAAUCUCCUUUCUGAUUGUGGUAAAUAUGUACAUUGCCAUCAUUUUAGAGAACUUCAGUGUGGCAACAGAGGAGAGUGCCGAUCCACUGAGCGAAGAUGACUUUGAGACCUUCUAUGAGAUCUGGGAGAAAUUUGACCCCGAUGCCACACAGUUCAUUGAAUACUGCAAGCUGGCAGACUUUGCAGAUGCUCUGGAGCAUCCGCUACGUGUCCCUAAGCCAAACACCAUUGAACUCAUUGCCAUGGACCUGCCAAUGGUGAGUGGGGACCGGAUCCACUGCUUGGACAUCCUGUUUGCCUUCACCAAACGCGUCUUGGGUGAUAGUGGUGAGCUAGACAUCCUGAGGCAGCAGAUGGAAGAGAGGUUUGUGGCUUCUAAUCCUUCCAAAGUGUCUUAUGAGCCGAUCACAACCACGCUACGGCGCAAGCAAGAAGAGGUGUCUGCGUUGGUCAUCCAGAGAGCGUACCGGGCCCGCUUAGUAAGGAGGGGCUUUAUUUACCGAAAAAAUGUAUCCAAUAAGAUGGAAAAUGGAGGGACAAACAGAGAGAAAAAAGAAGGCACCCCAUCUACUGCAUCCCUUCCAUCUUAUGACAGCGUAACGAAGCCUGAGAAAGAGAAACAGCGAGCUGAAGAAGGGAGACGGGAAAGAGCAAGAAGGCAAAAAGACACAAGGGAAUCCAAAUAUUGAGAUGAUCAAUAACACUAAUAAUAAUAAUAAUAACUCUAGAAAACUUGUGAGCAGAAAAGAUUGUUUACAAACUUCCUGACAAAAUAUAUAUCAAUAGCGAACAGCUGUGGAGACACUUUAUCUGAAGAUCUUAUACCAAACAUAGUCUGCUUACUGUGUGACCAUGUUGCAUCUCAAAGCAGUGAUCUACCACCUGUUUAACAGACCCAUCUAGACAAAUAUAUUUAAACAAAAAAAACAACAGGAAACAAUGCAAAGGCGGGGGGAUAAAAGGAUUUUAUACUGUUUGGGCAGGUGGAUACUGCAUGUUCCACAUCAGUCAAUGCAACUUAGGACAAACAAGCAAAAUAAAACACACAGACACACACACUUAAGGGGAAAAAUCUGCUGCUUUAGGAUCCAUAUAUUUUUCCCAAAGGCAGCCAAAAUGGAUUUUAUUUUUUCUCAUUUUAUUGAAAGAAAACCCAGGGAAAAAAUAAUCACAUUCAAGGGUUUGUUUCUUCAUGCAAAACUAGAUUUUCGUACUUGACAUUUAGUUGAAGCUGCAAAAAAACAAAAAAAAUUAGAACAAGGAGGAAAAAAAGUCGAGCAACAACAAAAAGCUGAAAUGAAACAACACAUAUUUAGCCCAUGUCAUUUAAUCGUCAUAGUUUCUUUGGUAUUUAUUAUCUGCAUACUUCUUUAUUAUAUGGGCUUCACCAUGGUUUGAGAGAUGGGGGUAAUCAGGUGUUUUCAGCCUGCAAAACUCGCUCAGGCUGAUUCCAAAAAUAAAAUAAAAUAAAAUUGUGCUCGUUUCAAUGCAUAGAAAUGAUUUGCAUGAUGGCAUGCUGUGAUCAGGAAUCAUGCAUGAGGAAUCAUAAAACCACAAGACACUCAAUAUGCUGUCCAGGCUGUGUGUUAAGCCAUAUGUUUGAGGCACUCCACUGACUACGGCACACUGUAUUUGGGAAGUUGCUCUGAGCUAUAACUAUGCCCUUCACCAAGUUACCAGUUUUUUAAUCAAUCCAGGCACCCUCCCAUUGGAGGGAGAGAGGGAAAAGUGAAACCAGGACAUGAAAACAUGUUUGUGUGUAUACUCAGUAACUUUCAUGCAGCCAUAUUUUUUGCGUUUUUUUAAAAGAAACACACACAAAAACAACAAAAAAACAACUCUAUUUUGGUGAGAAGACCAUUCAAGAAUGGUUUCUUAUACAAUGUCACUUUCAGAGAAAAAUGGUAGGGCUUUAAGUAAACCCACCUAGUAGUUUUGUAUCCUGCAACAUUUACAAUUACUCUUUCUCCUCUGUUUUGCAGCAUAGACUCUUUAUUUUAUUAGAAAGAAGCGUAUUAGGAGACAGCACGUUAUCUGUCAAAGGUGCAAUUUUGAGUAGUUCCAUAUAGCAAUCUUUUCCGUUGCAGAGAAGUAGGUAGCGGGGUGUUCACAGCAUUAUGUGCCAUAAUUACAUGUAAACAAUUGCAUUCUUUGAGAGUGUCAUAAUGUGCAAAAGGUAAUAAGGCACAAAGUUGAUGUAUAGAAAAGUGGGCUCUACCUAGUGCUCUUCUAUUGAUGUCCUACCACUUACAUUCUGAUGCUGCACAGUUUUAUUUGCUUCUCUUCUAGCUGAUUUUUUUUUCCUAAGGAAAGCUAACAAAAAAAACCCCAAGGUUCCCAAUCCGAACCUCUUACUUUUGAUGAGCAAAGUAGCAGUGUGACAUGGGUGCAGCGCUGGGAGAAAACGCAUCAUAUAUGACGUGUGCCUUCACCAACUUCGCAUUUCACCCCACACCUGUUGUAUAGUAAUAAUAAUUUUAACUGUCCUGCAAAUUCAGGUAGGGAUGAAGAGCUACCUCUCGACUAUUCUUAUCUCUAAAUUGAUGGGAGUCUCAUCCGGGGCUGGGUGGAGGAAUGACGUUUUGUGUUUCUAAGUUCGCACCUGGGCAUCUUUCAAUAUUUUGAAAUAUUCUAUUAUGUUACUUUUCACUAAGUCGAUCAUCACCAAUAAUCCAAUUGUUUUAAGGGCACAGGUUCAGGGAACAGCCCUUGCUGAUGGGUCAAAGGUUGCGUUGCACUCUCACAAAAGACUGUGUUCCAUCAUGCAGCUUAAAAAGAAGGCACAGGGGGUGCUGCUAAUGGUUUCUAGAAAUUGGCAGAUAACGCUAAAUAUUUAGGACCUACUGAAAGGCAACAAGCUGAUUGAAUGUGGACCAAAUCAAUUUUAUCUAUAAAAGGGCAAAAAAACGGUUUAAAAAUAACCACUCAAAAUAUUCCAAAAGCAAAACAAAACAAAGAUAACAAUGCCUUUUAGAUAAUGGGGAGAGGCUUUAAUCUAUAGAAUCCCGCAACCUAGAUGCCUCCUACGAGGGUCGUGUAAGCCAUUUGAUAGACAUCUGUGCCAAGUUGGACUAGUAGCUACCAUGACAUCAGUGGGAAAAAUCUACUGUACCAGAUACCACAAGGAACAAGAUAUUUCUAUCCAGCUAGACUUACCCCACUUGCUCCUACAAAGUGUAUAAUACGAAAAUAAAAAUUACAUGCAUAUGUACAGGCAACAUUGUAAACAGCACAACAACAACAAAAGCUGAAAAGUGUGGUUGAACUUUUUAAAAGAAUACUAUAAAUACUGUAAUAUAUCAUUUUAUUUUAUUGGCAUGUCUUUUUGUAAAUAACAAAGGACUACAGAAAAUUAAAUAGAAUGGCUUCUGGCUUAUGCCACUGUCCAUGUUUAAUUUUAUAUCUCUCUAUAUAUAUAAUACAUUUAUCUCUUUCUUUUUUUUCACUUUUGAGAUUAUGUCAAUUUAUGUGCAUCCCCCACAGAGGAAAAAACUCCUCCCAGACAGACACAAAGCAAAGCUUUAUUGCAAAAUUAUCUUUACAACAACAGAUAUAUUUAGACUACUUUGGUUCUGAGGUGCAAUAUAUUUUGACCACUUCUAUGCAAGAUUUGGCUAAAUGUCAUAACUGUUCUUUAGCUGGACUACUGUUCCAUAUGAAAAGCUUGGUACAUGUAGUGUUUGUGCUGUCAAAUUUUAUUAAGCAAUUUUUAGUAAAACUGCCCUGCAAUCUAUAUUUACCUUGGGUCAUUAUUUAGUGAUACUUGAAUUUUCUUACAUUACACUAGCUUUGCUUAAGAAUAAAAGUUAUUAACAAACAGCUUCAAAGAUGUGGGCUAUGUCCAACUAUAAAAUGAAUAAUUCAACUUUUUUCUAGUCUCUGCACUAUAUUUCUUAUAUUGUUCAUGUUUGUUUUAAAGCAGUUUUUUCCAUCAACCAGACUUUACAGAUGUUGGAGGACUCUCUCUGUAUUUGCAUCAGCAUUCAUUACAGAUGAGAAUGCUAAGGAAACAUGGUCCAAAAUGGAAAAAAAAAUAUGAUGGCAGAUUUAUUUUCUAAAAUGUGACAUGAAUAUAUAUAUAAAAAAUUAAAGUUACCAAUGAAGAUUUUUUUUUAGUUUAGCAAAAAUGGCCGAUGCUUUUUUUAAAAGGUCAAAAUAGAAAGUCAGAAAAAUCUCAAAAAUUGAGACCAGUUAGAUAUGAAAUGUUUAAUUGUACUUGUUUAAUUUCCAUUCUGCUGCUAAGUGAUAGGAGGUAGGAUUUGGGCAGUUUGCUGAAAUGCAUAGAUGAGAAUAUUUUAAUUACUUCUUGUUUAGAUAUCCAUUUGCUUUAUUUGGACGGGUAGAAAUAAGAAAAGAAACAACCUAACUUCUGGACUUUCUAGCAAAAUGGGCAAUGGAGAUUCUUAAUGCCCAGCAAAGAAUGGAAAUUUGCUUUGUGGGGAAAUCUUGAUGGAAGAUUUUCCAUCAAGAAGCUCUAAGCAGAUAAGCUCUUGUUCUUCAUGCCACUUGAUAUCAACCUGAAGGCAGAGCUUGUAACUUUUCAUGAACUCAGGUCGCCCUCUGAUCCUUGCUCCCCAGUGAAACUGCGAAGGCCCUGCUCAGGCAUCACAGGCUGCAACUAAAUACUAGAAACGCCGCAGCAGACUUUGAAAGCAAACAUAAUUCCAACAGUGAAUUUUUCAUGCAACUAUAAUAAUGAUAAGACUGGUCAGAUAGACUAGGGGCAAGUUCUACAUGUGAAAUGUUACAUGUGUUGAAUAUAUAGGAUGCACAGUGGUUGGAGAGAUGCAAAUCCAGUGUUGUUAUGAAGAUGCCAAUAAUUCAAGUUUUCCUCACCCCACAGAAAAUGUUGGCAUGUGGAAAUUUUGAGUAAAAUCAAACAUUGACAAGGCAAACAAAAAUGAAUUUCAUAUGAAGAUGAGAGAUGUCUGAAAUGUUAAGAGUUAGUCUUUUGUGAGGCAUAAUUCUGUUUCUAUGGUUAUCAGUCAAAUGUAAUUGGAGUCUGUGCUGCUGGGGACUUCUCUUGUCAGGUUUGGCUUUUUGAAGGGAUUAGAAUAGUAAUUAUAUCAGCAAAAUAUAUGCCACUCCAGACUGAAAUGCAUACAGUUCUACCAGUGUAAACCAGUAUGUAAAGCAAUCCAUGGGUUAUCAAUUUCGCAAUGGGUUUUUUAUGAACAGAGAGGGCAGAAAAUGCCUUCUUUCCUGUAGGAAAUUGCAUUUAUUUUUUUAACCCUGCUUUUACGUUUGUUGUGUAAAAGAGCAACUAUGAUGUAGCACUAAUUUCACCUUUAAUUCAGUCUUCCGGUCUAGACUUUCUGAUAAAAAGGAAAUGCCGCGGGAUUGUCAACUCAAUCAGAUAGUCAUCUUGAGUUUUCAUAGGCCUCUUUUGAUUUGACUCUGUCCCAUUCACCACUGUGGAAGGUUUGUAUAUUAUCCUAAGGAGAGGGGCAUAAUUCAGUGAUGGUGUGCAUGUUUUGCAUGUUGGUUCGAUCCCUGGCACCUCUAGAUAGAUAACAGGUGAUGAAAUAAACCUUCUCUACCUGAAGAUGUGGAAAAUAGAUGCCAAUAAAUAGCACUGAGCGGAAUGGAGAAUUGGUUGGAAGUGAUGGUGAAUGGUUCUCCGUGUUGUUCGAUGGUUUAGUGGCUCAGCUUCAUUGCUAUAGGAAACCACACAUUUGAAAAUGUCCAUAGUCGUCACAGGCCAAAGAAACUUAAUUUGAAUGUUUCCAAUUCUGGUGUACAAAGGAAAGCAGGCUUUAUAUUUCCUUUGUUUCAUAUAUUAACAAAAAGGUUUCUAUAGAGAGGUUAACUUUUAAGGGUUUUAUUAAAGAGGUAGUUUAGUGAAGGAAAUCAGACUUGCCAGGUUGAUAACUUUUAUGUAGUAGUUCUGCCAAAUAGAUGGUUUUGGCAGUUAACCAGCAAACAAUGCCACUCAUGUAUGAUUGUCAUAGGUUGCACUAAUAUAUUGGUGGAUUAUAGAGGGGGAAAGGAAGAAACCUCAAUGAUUUGUUUCAAGAUGCAAAAAGGCUGCUAAGCAUUGAUUUAUUGCUAUCCUACAAUUAUAAUAAUUUUAAAAAACUUUAUUUAUACCCCGCCACCAUCUCCCCAAGGGGACUCGGGGCGGCUUACAUGAGGCCAAACCCAGCAAUACAAACCUUGAUUAUCGCUAUCUUUCAAAAUUUGAGAGAGGAAAGACAAGAACUAAGUAGUCUGAAUGCUAGCCUUGGAAAAAUAAAAGGGGGGCAAGAAGUUUAAUUUUUUAAAAAACUGUUACGAAAUUCCCUGUCAUACAGGGUAGAUUCAGGUAUAAUGAACUGGACCAAUUUGUGGUCCAGUGAAAGUAUGUUGUGGAACUGAGUUUUUGUUGUUCAAAUAUGGUUGUCUUUGACAGCCAACAGAAGGCAAAUGAGCCAUUGGUUACCUAUUGUCGCAAAAUAAAAAUGUGACCUAAAUGGAAAUGAGAAAAAACAUUAUACUCCAUACUGUAACAUGUUUUCAGCAUGCGCUUCUAAUGUCUGAAAAAAAUGAGGUGUGUGUUCACUAUGUUUGGAGGCACUUAUCUCCCCUUCAGAUUUUACAAUGUUGAAAUAAUACUAAAGCUUGUAAAGAAAGGCCUGAACGUUCACAUCUAUGUCUUGAAAAAAUAGCGCUGUCUUUGCAAGUGUGGGGAUCUUAAAAUGAAGGGUUCAAAUGACAGUGAUUCACGUGUGGUGCCAGGGGAACCAUAGCUGGAAGCACUGAAUUUUCUGUCCAUGGCCAUGCUCAUAAUUUCAGUUUCAAGGCUAUGCACCAGAAUGAAAAUGUCCUUACCUGGUAUUGCAAGGGAGCUGUUCCCAUCAAGUUCCCCAUUGGAACCUGAGCCGUCUUUUGAAUGGGAUAUAUAUGAAAUAAGUAACUUUGCAAGCACCAUGUGCUCUUUGUCCUAUCCCUCUGUGGCCGUCUUCUGUAUCUUGGAAACUGUUCUCUCCAGAAACAGUAUCUUCUAGGGCUUUAGCUGCACAUAGGUCAGUGGAUGCCCAGACUUCAGCUUACAGCAGUUCUGAAACCAUCCACUGGAAGGCAGUGAGAUGCCUAUAAGCAUUGCACUUUAAAUUCUUUCUUCUAUCAGCUUUCUAUGUUCUCUUUUACAAACCUUUCCAUUUAAAGGGCUGAGGGUGACACACCUUUGUUACAUGUAUUAGCUUUGCCUAGGGACACACACACAUUUCCCCCCUUUGCAGGCCCGGCAAAAGAGGAAAGCUUCUUAUUUGAUGCAUUUCCUCUGUGGAAAUCACCUCUGUUAAAAAGAAAAACACCCAUCUUCCAUUUUCUACCUGUUGAAAGUCCAGCAAAGAUCUUGGUUAACAUUUUUCCUAUAUGGAGAUCACUUCUGUGAGAGGGAAAAACUGACAUUUUCUACAGUGCUUCAUUGCUUACCAUUUCCAAGCUGGAAGGGAAUCUUGGGGAAGAGCGGGUAACUGAGUGCUCAAGCACACUCAGAUUCGGUGCUUUGAACUGGGUUACCUGAGUCCACACUGCCAUAUAAUCCAGUUCAAUGUGGAUUUUAUACAGUUUUGUGGAAGGGGCCUAUGUUACAUUAAGUUUGUCUUUAUAGCUCUUAACUUUUAAUUACAAUAGUUCAAUAUUACUAUUAAGUCCAUGCACUGUUUAUGGUAUAGUAUGAGAUAUAGGAUGAGUUAGACCUAUUUUUAAUCUCGCAAGCAACCAGAAACUACAUUUAUCCCUGUAUUAUGAUCUGGUCAUCGACCGUAAUAAAGUUUACUUACAUUUAUCCAGCAUCUAUCAGUCCAAAUGGAUGCAAGUUAACUGAUAGUCUGUAUAUAAGGCUUUUGGUGGCUGGAGUUUUUAUUUCUUACUUCUGUGGUAGCUAUUCUGCAGCCAAUGGACUGAAAUUUGCUCAGAGAGACCGGGAGACAAGGCUCAUGUAAUACUGGGAGAGAGGGACACUGAGUAUAAAUUGCAAACCAACUCUAUGAUAUUUUGUUGGACAGCCUUACCAGUGAUCAGUGCAUUCGAAGGACCUUGCAACCUUUGUAUUAACAGCAAAAUUGAUGCUUGGAAAGUGACACUCAGCCUGGCUCCUCUACAGGCUUUGCCACCAUAAACAAUAAAUGGUCUCCAUAUAGGAAAAUACCAAGAGAGAAGCAUCUCUGUGAGGGUAAAAAGGACCACUACCAUUAAGUGAUCCUGCCCUACCCCAAAUUCAAAGCAGAAAUCUAAGUCUCUCCAGUAUAAGAGAUUCUCCUGUCAAACCAGUUUGAGAUUUUGUGAGGUAGAAGGAUUGGACAUGAAAAAGUAUUUACAAAAUCUCCAGAUCAUUCUAGGAAUUGCUUAACACUGGGUGUCACAUUAAAUACACACAUCCAAAUUUUACCCUAUGUUGCUGCAUGUUGCAUUUGUAGAGAGAGGUAUGUCCCUGUGAGAGAGGGAGGAAGACAAAUUAGGGAAGUGUGUUUUCUCAAGGAGAACGUGGAAUUCCAGGCAUUGCCUGAAUAGUGCAAAAUGACUUUGGUGAUUUCUGUUUGCAGUUCCACCAUUGUGUGCGUGUGAAGGGAGAAACCAGGGCAGGAGGGUGGGGGGAGAGGGGGGAGAGGGAGAGAAAGACUUUUAGCAAGUCACCUGACCUCUCUAUGUGCCUCAGUUUUACCCAUCUGUAAAACGGGUAAUUACCUACCUCACAGGGGUGUUGUGAGGCUUAAUUUAAUGUCAGUUCAAAUGCUUUUCUGAGGUUCAUAACUGAAAGUGCUCUCCUAGAUGUGCACAGGUCAGAACCAUGGACUAAAGGGGAAGCGUAUCGUGAUGGUGCCAUUGAUGCCAAAAUUUAAGAAAGUCACUGCUACCGCUUUUUUUAAAUAAAAAAACAACCGAUAUCAGGGCAAACAUUUUAUUUUUUUGUUGUUGCAAUUUGCUUGUGUCCCCUCUUGAAAUAUAUGUUUGUUUCCUGCCCUUUUCAACCCCAACCUCUAUAUUUUGUUCUGUUUUAAGAUGACAACAACAAAAAUGGGAACAGAGGAAUUUGGGAGAAGGGAGGGGAGUGAGAAUGUGUGUUCAAAAAAAACAAAGCCUACUUCUACAACAAAAACGUUGGAUUGAAAGAUUAACGUCUGACUUCUUUGAUUUCCUUUGUACUGUACAUCUUUUUACUUUGAAAUUUGCAAUAAAAAGUUAUGUCCAUCUUGUUUUAA